AUGAAGAUAAUUUUAUGGUUGGGGGUCACCACAACAUGAGAAACUGUAUUAAAGGGUCGCAGCAUUAGGAAGGUUGAGAACCACUGUGUUAGGUGAUUGUAGACAUAGCUAACUUAGGUAUUUGAAGUUACAUUUCUUUUGCUUAUAGUAAAAUUCAUACAUACAAAGAAGCCAGAAUUGCAGUCUGUCAGAGUUGGAGUAAGGUCAUGGUUAAUGUAAUCUCAGAAAAUAGUUGACUCUUGAACAACGUGGGGGUUAGCAGUGCCGACAUCCUCCCAUCCCCCACCCCCACGCAGUUGAAAAUUUAUGUAUAACUUUUAAUUCCUCAGAAACUUAACUAAGAGCCUGCUGUUAACUGAAAGUCUUCUCGUUAAUGUUAACAGCCAUUUAAUACAUAUUUUGUAUAUCAUAUAUUGUAUUCUUACCAUAAAUUAAGCUAGAGAGAAGAAAAUGUUAAGAAAGUCAUCAUAAGGAAGAGAAAAUGCAUUCACAGUACCAUGCGUAUUUAUUGAAAAAAAAAAAAAAUCUGCGUAUAAGUGGACCCGCGCAGUUCAAACCCGUGUUGUUCAAGGGUCAACUAUACGUCCUUGUAGAACCCAUAUAUGGACUAUUGGUAAAAUAUAGUACAAGUAAUACGAGUUGAUGUUAUAUUUCAGCCAGAUGAAUGAAAGUAUUAACUUUGCCAAAGCUAAUAUAUUGGAAGUGUGAUAAUGACAAAAACAGAAGAAUUGGAAUUACUUUAAAUAGCCAAACCCUUUAAUGAAAUUAUUAACUACUUAAAAUAGACAAAAUUUAAUGAACUUUUAGCUCUACUGUGUAAUGAGACAUCUGUGAUUUUAGACUCUAGGUACAAGACUGAUACUUCCCUUCACUGCUUUGGUAACUGCUGCCUACAUUCUUAACGGUGCCCACUCUACCAGCUAUCUCAGAGGUCUUCUAACUAAUCCGAGCCGUCUCACGGUUUAUGCCUGGGUUUUACGACCCACAGCUAACUUAUUUCUCCUUGUAAGGUUUAUUUGGCACUUGUUUUUAAUCUUUUAUUAUUAAGUGACAGUCAUUUGCUUCAUGACACCAGGCUUUUGGAUUCUUCAUCUGAGAAUCUUACUUUUAGGACUUUAGUACCAAACUUAAGUACUGCAUGAUGAAUACAAUUCCAGACACAUUUGAAAGAAAAUCGUUACCUUUGUAGAUAAAUUAAUAAAUAGUACAUUGCAUUUACUAAACAAGCCAUUGCUAAGUGGUGUCAUAAAUUUAAAGAGCUAUCUUUUAGCGUCCAAUAUCCAUAUAAAUACCCAGGGACUUGUCUCUGGGAUGGGUAUUUGUAGCUAUGCAUUAUCUUGAACAGUUACACUCACAGUGUAAAGAAGAAAACUAUUUAUGGUUUACUAGGACAGUGACUGAAAAGGUAGUUUUCAUACCCAGAGAGAUGUGUUAUUUUAAAGCAGAGCAUGACUAAUACAGAACACCACCUGCUUUUGUAUAUUGACUUGGUCACCUUCACUUUAACAUCUGUGAAGUGUGAUCAAUGGAAAGGAAAAUUUUUCCCUGCAAAGUGAAAGUUGAGAUUAUGCCAAUUAUGUUCUUUUCUACUAUGUUCGGUUUCUUUACUAUUAUUUUGUGCCUAUAGGCAUUUUUUUAAAAGGUACUUGAAUUAAUUUUUUUAGUUUUUACAUAGAGCAAAUAUUUUGGUCAUGAAUUAAAUUAUUUGUAGGAAUGUUCUAUUCCCUUUUUCACAGUAAUACAAUUUUUCCUAUUCAGAAGUAUAAUUUAACUAAUCCUUAGGAAAACAAGGGUAAGUAGGGUGGGAAGAAAAGAAGACAGAAACUAAAAUAUGAAUGUAUGUUUAUUUACAGCUUACUGUUCAUCUUAUUGAAUGCUAGUAGCGUGAUGCACGAAAUACAUGCAAGGGGCUUGGCCCCCGCCGCAGUAGCUUUGUCCAGUCUAAUUAGCAUAUUAUGCUUUUAUUAUUAUAGAUGUUACUUUCUUUAAAAAUACCUUAAAUUACGGAUCUCAAAAUGUUUUUUAUAACAAUAUAAGUACAUAUAAAUGCAUAUGGGCAAAGUUGGGAAAAAACUCAUCACCUAGUUUAUAUUUUCUGUCCAUGGUUAAUUUUAAAAGUAGAGUAAGGCUGGACUUCACUCAGUGACUGGUUACUGACUAAUAAGGCAACCCUCUGUCUUUAGCACUUAGGAAUCAAGCCGUUGGUAACAAUUAAAAACAUGAGUAAGUGUACUUUACACUUCACAUUUUAAAAAAUCUUAAUUUUUUUCCCUAGUUUGUUCUUAGUAAAAGGCUGUAGGUUUUCUUUAACAGCAUUUUUUCCUUUACAUUGACGCAAGCUAUCUUAAGCCAAUAGUUUGAUUUUUAUCAUUAAAAUAUUUUCAGAAUUAUUUAAUGCAACAAUUUAUUAGUAACUGUGUUUCAAGCGAUGGGUUCUUUGGGUAGGAACAACUAUCAGUUUUGGCCCUGUAAGAUUUUAUAAUCUAAUAGGUGGAAGAUAGAUCCUUAUAUAACUAACUUUGAUAUAACAUGACAACUACUUUGCUAGUGGUACUGACACUUUUAUGGGAGCACAAUUAAUUCUACCUAGGGUAAUUGGUCAUUGUUUUUAUUGUUCUGUUGGUCACACAAUAUUUCAUUUUGAUUGUACUCUGAAUUUGAUGAAAUACCAUACUGUAUUUUUAUGUAAUGCGUAAAUAGGCAUUAAUUAUUUAAAAAAUAGAGAUGCUUAUCCUUAAUGUAUUUUUAAUAUUGCUAACAUUGAUUUUUUAUUUUCUUUUCUGAAAGAACAUAUAACAUAAAUGAAAGAAUUUAUUCUUGGGUGGACAAUUUUUAUAUCAGCUAUUCUUAUAAGUGAGAGCCAUUUUCAAGGACACAGCCUUGAGAGAGCCAUGUGUUGUGAGACCAUCUGGAUGGUGUCCUGACCACGCAGUGGAGACCUCUGUAUAAAGAUGCUGGCGGGUAUAGAGAUCUGUUUGCAGUUGCCCAAGAGCAGUCUUGAUAUCGAACCUGGAUAUAAAUCCCAAAGACUGAGACGGGGAUCAGAGAAGCUGUCUGAAGUUGGGGAUGUGAUGCACAGUACCCGCUACCUGGAGUAGCUAUCCCGGACACGGGACUUGAGAAAGAAAAGUCAGAGCCAUACUCGAGUGGCUGGGAAUAGAAAUUAUACUAAUUUCAUGGGGUUCGGGAAUCCAGAUGGAAAAAGUCAGCCUAUAUUGUCAAGUGGAUAAAAGAUGAACGGUCAUUUCCGUGCAGAAUAAUUGGCGUAAGGAAGAAAAGAAAACAAGUUCAUCAUGUGCAACUUAGUCUGACUACACCCCUUUCCAGAAACCAGCCCGAGUUAAGAACCGUUGGGAGUGGGUACCCAUUUAAGGAAUAAAUGAAGAAGUGACCAUCAAAAAUUUUUAAUCAUUGCCUCAGACAAAAAGAGAACAGUGCUUUGAGAGUGUUUUCAAGAGUACUUCUGAUUUUUCAGCUAAAUGAACAGGAAAAAGAAAAAUGUGUAUCAACAAACUCAAGCACUUCUGUGCAAAAAUUUUCUUACGAAGUGGAGGAUGAAAAGAGAGAGCUUACUGGAAUGGGGAUUUCCAGUACUUUUAGGACUAUAUAUGGGCUUAUUGUCGCUUACAAAAGAAAAUAUCCAGUUUCCUGGGAAGCCUUCUCAGAACCUGGGAAGGGUAGACAAAUAUAAUAACUCUUUCAUGUUUGCUGUGUAUACACCGGUCUCCAGUAUAACCAAGCAGAUAAUGAAUAAAACAGUAUCUGCUCCCUUUUUGAAAGAAACAGCAGUCAUUGGGGCACCAGAUCAAAAAUCUAUGGACGAGCUACUUGAGCACCAUUUCCCAAGUGCAGUGGGAAUCAUCUUUAGUGAUACUUUCUCUUAUAAGUUAAAAUUUUUUCAUAGGUAUGGCAUUCCAUUUUUGAAGGAAGAACAUAUCUCAGCUCAUUGCUGGAAUUCAGGAAAUGAGCCAUCAUGUUUACUGACCAAAUACUUGCAUUCAGGAUUUGUGACUUUACAAGCUGCGAUUAAUGCUGCUAUUAUAGAAAUCCUGACAGAUCACUCUGUGAUGGGAGAGCUGAUGUCAGUCACUGCUAUAAAUAUGAAGACAUUACCUUUUAUCGCUAAAGACCUCCUUCAGAAUGAGAUGUUUCUUUUCCAGUGCUUGCUUUACUUCUCCUCGUUUAUAUAUUUUGCAUCAUUCGGUGUUACCAAAGAGAGAAAAAAGAGUAAGGAUUUGAUGAAAAUGAUGGGUCUACAAGAUUCAGCAUUCUGGUUCUCCUGGGGUUUAAUCUAUGCUGGCUUCAUCUUCAUUAUUUCCAUAUUCAUUGCAAUGAUCAUAACAUCCAGGAAAAUUAUAGUCAUGACGGGCUUCAUGGUCAUAUUUAUACUGUUUUUCUUAUAUGGCUUAUCCUUGAUAGCUUUAACAUUCCUGAUGAGUGUGCUGCUCAAGAAAACUUCCCUCACCAAUUUUGUUGUGCUUCUCCUCACUCUCUUCUGGGGCAGUGUGGGACUCUCUGCAUUGCAUAGACAACUUCCUUCAUCUUUGGAGUGGAUUUUGAGUAUUUUUAGCCCUUUUGCCUUCACUGCUGGAAUGGCCCAGAUUAUCCACAUGGAUUAUAACAUGAAUGGUGUAACUUUUCCUGACCCAUCGGGAGACUCAUAUAUAAUGAUAGCAACUUUUUUCAUGUUGGCUUUUGAUGCUUUUUGGUACUUGGUAUUGGCAUUAUACUUUGACAAAGUCUUACCCUAUGGAAAUGAGCGCCGUUAUUCUCCAUUAUUUUUCCUGAACUCGUCAUCUUGUUUCCAACACCAAAGGACUGAUAAUAUCAUUGAGAAGGAAACAGAUCUGGAGCAUACCUCUGAUGAUGAUUUUGAACCAAUGGCUCCAGAAUUUCAAGGAAAGGAGGCCAUCAGAAUCAGAAAUAUUAAGAAAGAAUAUAAAGAAAAGUCUGGAAAAGUAGAAGCAUUGAAAGGUUUGCUCUUUGACAUAUAUGAAGGUCAAAUCACAGCAAUUCUGGGUAACAGUGGAGCUGGCAAAUCUUCAUUGCUAAACAUCCUUAAUGGGCUUUCUGUUCCAACAGAAGGAUCAGUUACCAUCUACAAUAAAAAUCUUUCUGAAAUGCAAGACUUGGAGGAAAUCAGAAAGAUAACUGGUGUUUGUCCUCAAUUCAAUGUUCACUUUGACAUACUUACUGUGAAGGAAAACCUCAGGCUGUUUGCUAAAAUUAAAGGGAUUCAGCCACAGGCAGUGGAUCAAGAGGUACAAAGAAUUCUAUUGGAGUUGGACAUACAAAACAUUCAGGAUAACCCUGCUCAACAUUUAAGUGAAGCACAGAAAAGAAAGCUGACCUUUGGAAUUGCCAUUUUAGGAGAUCCAAAAGUUUUGCUGUUGGAUGAACCAACUGCUGGAUUGGAUCCCUUUUCAAGGCAGCAAGUGUGGAGCUUCCUCAAGGAGCGCAAAGCAGACCACGUGAUCCUCUUGAGCACCAGUUUCAUGGAUGAGGCUGACAUCCUGGCUGAUAGAAAAGUGAUCAUGUCCAAUGGGAGAUUGAAGUGUGCAGGCUCUUCUGGCUUUCUGAAGAGAAAAUGGGGUCUUGGAUAUCACUUAAGUUUGUACAGAAAUGAAAUAUGUGACCCAGAAAGAAUAACAACUUUCAUUAAUCAUCAUGUCCCGGAUGCUAAAUUAAAGACAGAAAGCAAAGACAAGCUUGUGUAUACUUUGCCUGUGGAAAGGACAGAUAAAUUUCCAGACCUUUUCAGUGAUCUUGAUAAGGGUUCUGUCCAGGGUGUGAUGAGUUAUGACAUUGCUGUGUCAACCCUGAAUGAAGUCUUCAAGAAAGUGGAAGAAAUAUCAACUGUCGAUCAAGAGAUGAGAGACACAGAAAGCCUGCCUCAGAUGCAGCCGGCUCGCCCUCCUUUCCCUGUGAGUGACUUGGAACUCUGGAGAAUGCAGAUCUGUGCAGUGGCACGGCUCCGUUUCUUAAAGUUAAAAUGUGGAAAGAGAACGCUUUGGACCCUGCUGUUGGUAUUUGGAAUUGCACUGAUCCCAUUGGUUGUGGAACUGAUAUUUCAUGCUGUAUUAAGUCAAAAGAGUGAUUGGGAAUUUAAACCUGGAUUGUAUUUCCUCUCUCCUGGGCAACUUCCUCAAGACCCUCUGACCAGCUUAUUGAUCAUCAAUAACACAGAAUCCAACAUUGAAGAUUUUAUACAGUCACUGAAGCAUCAAAAUAUACUGUUGGAAAUCGAUGACUUUGUAAAUAGAAAUAGCCCUGAUGAUCUGUCCUACAACGGAGCUAUCAUAGUUGCUGGGAAACAAAAGGAUUAUAGAUUCUCAGUUGUAUGCAAUACCAAGAGGUUGCAAUGUUUUCCUGUUCUUAUGAAUAUCAUCAGCAAUGCGCUGCUUGGAAUGUUUAACCAUACACAACAGAUUCAAACUCUAAGAGGCGCAUUUCCUCUAAAUGUGUUCUUUAUCUGGACUGGUCUGCCAGAAGGCUCCUUUUUCCUAUUUUCCGUUGUUUGCAGCAUUUCUCCUUACAUCGCCAUGAGCAGUGUCAGCGAUUACAAAAAGAGAAUUAAGUCCCAGCUAUGGACUUCAGGCCUCUGCCCUUCGGCCUACUGGUGUGGGCAGGCCCUGGUGGAUAUUAGCCUCUUUGCUUGCUUUCUUUCUUCAUCGUUUUUAAUUUUCUGCUUGACAAACGUAGCAGACCGUUUUUUCACAACUCGACUUGUGUUUGCUUCGGUUGUGAUUAUAUUUGGUUAUGCAGCUUCUGUCAUCUUUUUCACAUAUGUGAUAUCAUUCAUUUUUCGCAAGAGAAGAAAAAAUAGUGGCGUUUGGUCAUUUUGUUUCUUUAUUACCUCAUCCAGCUUGUUAGACUUGGUUAUAAUAAGUGACUCCCUGUUAUCUGCCUCGCUUUGGAGCAUGGUGUUUGUUCCCUCAUUCGCCUUGAAUGGAUUUCUUCUUUUUAUGAUAGAUAGAAUCUACGAGCACCAAAGACAAAAUGAAGACCUAUUUUAUGACCUGAGUGGAACUGAUUUUCUAAUAUGCCUAAUACCUUACGUUCAGGCUUUGCUGUUCGCUUUUGCUCUAAGAUGCAUGGAAAUGAAGUAUGGGCAGACAGUAAUGCAAAAGGAUCCUGUUUUCAGAAUUUCCCCCCAAACAAGAGAGGCCCGGCCAAAUCCAGAGGAACCUGUCGAUGAAGACGAAGAUGUUCAGGCAGAAAGAACGAGAACAGCAACGGCCCUGACACUCACUUCCAGCAUAGAGGAGCAACCCGUCAUCACUGCUAGCUGUCUACACAAAGAAUAUGCCGGCCCGAAGAAAAAUUGCUUUUCAAAGAAGAAGAAGAAGGUAGUCACAAGAAAUAUCUCCUUCUGUGUUAAAAAAGGUGAAGUACUGGGAUUGCUGGGGCCCAGUGGUGCUGGUAAAAGUUCAUCUCUGAGAAUGAUAUCUGGGGUCACAAAGCCAACGGCUGGAGAGGUGGAACUGAAAGGAUGGAAUUCAAUUUGGGGAGAUGGCUCGGUCAAGUUCCUGGGGUACUGCCCUCAGGAGAACGCGCUGUGGCCCAACCUGACGGUGAGGGUGCACCUGGACCUGUUCGCUGCAGUGAAAGGGCUGAGGAAAGCGGACGCCGCAGUCGCCAUCACACGAUUGGUUGAUGCCUUCAAACUGCACCAAGAGCUGAAUGUCCCGGUGCAGAAAUUAACGCCAGGGGCCACCAGAAAGUUGUGUUUCAUGCUGAGCAUCUUGGGAAAUUCGCCCAUCCUGAUCCUGGAUGAACCAUCUACAGGCGUGGAUCCUACAGGACAGCAGCAGAUGUGGCACAUGAUUCAGUCAACCAUUAAAAACACAGAGAAGGCGGCCCUCCUGACCACCCAAAACCUGGUGGAGGCCGAGACUCUUUGUGACCGCAUCGCCAUCAUGGUGUCUGGAAGGCUAAGAUGCAUUGGCUCCAUCCAACACCUGAAAAGCAAACUUGGCAAGGAUUACAUUCUAGAACUAAAAGUACAGGAAGCUUCUCAAGUGACUUUGGUCCACACUGAGAUUCUGAAGCUUUUCCCACAGGCUGCCCUGCAGGAAAGGUAUUCCACCUUCUUGGCCUAUAAACUGCCCGUGGCAGAUGUUCACCCUCUAUCUCAGGCCUUUUACAAAUUAGAGGCAGUGAAACAUAAUUUUAACCUGGAGGAAUACAGCCUCUCGCAGUGCACGUUGGAAAAGGUAUUGGUAGAGCUUUCUAAGGAGCAGACGGUGGGAAAUUUUGACGAAGAGGUUGAUACAACCAUGAGAUGGAAACUCCUCUCUCAUUCAGACGACCCAUGAAACCCAGUCAUUCCUUGCCGAUGUCCUAUAAGCUUAUGUUAUAUGUAAUAAUUUGCGUUUUAUAUAAUUUUUAAAAAUUGUCAACAUCGAUAUUAGGUACAUUUUGUAUAUUUAGUUAAUAAAUGAAUACAUUGUAAAAUUAUUCUCCCCCUCAAAUUUAGGGACAAUAGAAGGUGUUAAUGAAGUUAUCUGAAGAACCAGGCACUGGGUUUUGAAUAAAUAAAACUAUAAACUUGAA